AUGCGCCAACAGACGUGGACGGCAUCGCUCGUCGCUCUGCUGGGCCUGGCGGGGUCUUCUACAGCUUACAAGAGCUUCAGCAAUUACUCCGUCGCCGAAACCCCCCAAUCGCUCUUCUCCAUAUACGGCGACCGACCCGAUGGAUGCCCGCCAUGUUUCAACUGCAACCUGGAGGACUUCAAGUGCCACCAGUUCGCCGAGUGCACCAAGGCGAGCGGCCGAUGUAGCUGUCCUCCCGGGUUUGGAGGCGAAGACUGCUCAGAGCCGCUCUGUGGCGCAUUGCCAGAUGGAAAGGACCGCGCACCAAGAGGAGGCGAGAAGGAAUGCCAGUGCAAAGACGGCUGGUCGGGCAUCAACUGCAAUGUCUGCGAGACGGACAACGCAUGCAAUGCUCUGAUGCCGGAUGGCCAGGGUGGCGUGUGCUACAAGGACGGCCAAUUGGUCAAGGAGAACUUCCAAGUGUGCGACAUCACCAACAGGAAGAUUCUCGACCAGCUCAAGGACAAGAAGCCCCAGGCGACCUUCUCCUGCAACAAGGAGACGGCAGAGUGCAAUUUCCAAUUCUGGGUUGACCAGCGCGAAUCCUUCUACUGCAGCCUUGAUACCUGUACCGACUCGUGGACUGCCGAGUCCGAUCGCAACAUCACCAACUACAAAUGCGACAACAUAAAGUGUGCCUGCAUCCCAGACCGGAUGCUGUGCGGAGAAGAUGGCUCCAUAGACAUCGGCGAUUUCCUGAAGGAAGAAAUCAAGGGACCUGCCGAAUUCAAGGGCAUCGCCGGUGGCAAAGAAAGCGGGAGUAUCUUUUCUGAGCCCGCCAUGAACGACCUGAUUUCGAGCAUCUUUGGCGACGAGAGCAUCUUUUUGCAGUGCGACACUGGCGAAUGUCUGUACCAGACAGAGGUUCCUGGCUACGAGAGACCCGUCAAGAAGAUCAACACGCCCCUGAUUGCAGGCGUCAUUGCAAGCGUUGCCUUGUUCAUUGUCGCUUUCAUCCUGGUCGUCUGGUACCUUACCCAUCGCGCCGAAAGGCAACGAUACGGCGCUAUCCAUCUCUCUGAUGACGAGGAGGACGAGAAUGCCAAGCUCCUGGCUGAUCACAAGCCCGCUGCCCUCAUGUUCGAGAACGUCACAUACAACCUGAAUGGUAAGCAGAUCUUGUCUGGUAUCUCUGGCGCAGUUCACCCCGGCGAGCUCAUGGCCAUCAUGGGAGCGUCUGGCGCUGGAAAGACCACGUUCCUGGACAUUCUGGCACGGAAGAACAAGGUCGGUGUUACCAACGGCGACUUCUAUCUCAAUGGCGAGAAAGUUCGUACAGAAGAGUUCAAGAGCGUGAUUGGGUUCGUUGACCAGGAUGAUACCCUGUUGCCAACUCUCACUGUACACGAGACCAUCCUGGACUCUGCUCUCCUUCGUCUCCCCAAAGACAUGAGCAAGGCAUCGAAGGAACAAAGAGUCGAGGACGUUGAGCGCCAACUUGGUAUCUACCACAUCCGCAAUCAGAAGAUUGGGUCUGAAGAGACGGGACGUGGCAUUUCUGGCGGAGAGAAGCGUCGUGUCGGCAUCGCGUGUGAGUUGGUGACAUCGCCCAGUAUCUUGUUCUUGGACGAGCCCACCAGUGGUCUGGAUGCUUUCAACGCCUUCAACGUUGUAGAAUGCUUGGUUAACCUCGUCAAGAACUACAACAGAACAGUCGUCGUCACCAUCCAUCAGCCCCGCUCGAAUAUCGUAGCGCUCUUUGACCGACUGAUUCUCCUGGCAAAGGGUAGGACAGUCUACUCUGGGCCUUUCGAGCACUGCCAGCCAUACUUUGACAACAUUGGCUACACAUGCCCACCUGGAUUCAACAUUGCGGACUACUUAAUUGAUCUCACUAUGCACGCAAGUGCAUCAAGCCCGAGCAUGGACGAGGACUCACUCUUCACCAGAGACGGACUCCACACCAGUGCAAGCAGUGCCAUCGCCGUCAAGUCUAUCCCAAGCAUCAAUACCUCCGAGAUCGAGCGAGAUGUCGCCGGCAGCCCCGGCACGUCCAGCACACGUCCCAGGAACAAGCGCAGGACAUCAAUCCGACAGCAGCAAGAGCGCGAGCUCUUCACGCGAAAGAGGAGCAGCGCCCCUGUAGAUGGUACCAUGUCCCCCAAGACGGACGACGAAGCACCCCUCGAUCGUCGUGCCGGUAUCAAAGCUCAGUGGUUGAAGCUCACGCGUCAAGGAGGCUCUGUACCGCCCCAGAUCCUCGAAGACCCCGACGAGCUGCCACCCCCAGCCAACGGCGGCACCGGCACGAACCUCGACAUCCUCAUCACCGCCUACGCACAGUCCGAAGUCGCAUCCAACAUCCGCGAAGACAUCGCCACCGCAGUCCAAAGCGCCAACGAAGCCAACGGCGCCAAUGGCACGCACGAACUCAACGGCUUCAUCGCCGCCGGCCUCUUCGGCCAAUUCCGCAUCCUCUCCCGCCGCACAUGGCGCAACCUCUACCGCAACCCCAUGCUCAUGCUCACGCACUACGCCAUCGCAAUCGUCCUCGCCGUCUUCCUCGGCUUCCUGUUUUACGGCCUAACCGACGACAUCAAGGGCUUCCAGAACCGUCUUGGCCUGUUCUUAUUCGUCCUCAGUCUGUUCGGAUUUAGCAGUCUCACGAUUCUGACUGUCUUUGCGCCCGAGCGCUUGCUCUUCACCCGCGAGCGCGCAAAGGGAUACUACUCCCCGCCCGCAUAUUUCGCCGCUAAAGUCAUCUUCGACAUCAUCCCGCUGCGCCUGUUGCCGCCCAUGAUCCUCGGCAUCAUCGUGUACCCGAUGACGGGGCUGAUCCCCGCGUGGCCCAACUUUUUGAAAUUCGUCCUCUUCCUCGUGCUGUUCAAUCUCGCGGCCGCGGCGAUUUUCCUCUUCAUUGGCAUCGUGUUUCGCAACUCCGGGGUCGCGAAUCUUAUUGGCGUGUUGGUCAUGUUGUUUAGCUUGCUGUUUUCCGGGUUCUUUUUGAACAAGGAGAGUAUCCCUGGAGUCGCCAAGUGGCUGCAGUCGUUGUCGAUAUUCCACUACGCGUUUGAGGGCUUGAUUGUCAACGAGGUCAAGUAUCUCAGCUUGAUCGAUCAUAAAUACGGACUUGAUAUCGAAGUCCCUGGGUCGGCUAUUUUGAGCAGUUUCGGAUUCAAUGUCCAAGCGCUGUGGGGGGAUUGCAUAGGUCUGGCCGUCUAUGGCGGCGCGUUCAUUAUCCUGGCGUACCUCGCUAUGCACUUGCUGCUCGUGGAGAAGAGGUAG